AUGAUGUCCUCAACGAACGAGGAGGACCCCUUCCUCCAGGUCCAGCAAGAUGUCCUCGCCCAGAUGGAACAGACGCGGCCCCUCUUCACGUCCUACCUGCGCAUCCGCUCCCUGACCACCACCCAGACCUCCCCGGAACUGGCCUCCGCGCGCUCCGACCUCGAAUCCGCGCUCGAGUCCCUGGCAGAAGACCUCGCCGACCUCGUCGAGUCCGUGAAGGCCGUCGAGGCCAACCCGGCGCAGUUCGGCCUCACGGCUCACGAGGUCCAGCGGCGCAAGCGGCUGGUGCAGGAGAUCGGCGGCGAGGUCGAGGACAUGCGCGACGAGCUCAGGAAACACAUCUCCUCGUCCACCCCCAGGCGCAGCGGUGCGGGCGGCGCGGGCGGUGAUCUGCCCGACCCGAAUGCGUUCGCCAUAGCGGAUGGCGAGUCCGGGGAAGGGGACGAGGACUACGCGGCCGAGUUCGAGCAGAGGCAACAACAGGCCAUGAUGCGCGAGCAGGACGAGCACCUGGACGGCGUGUUCCAGACCGUGGGCAACUUGAGGAGGAUGGCAGACGACAUGGGCCGGGAGAUGGAGGAGCAGAUGGAGAUGCUGGAGGUAACGGACACGCUGGCAGACCGCGUGGGCGGGAGGCUGCAGACGGGCAUGGAGAAGAUGAAUCAUAUUCUUCAAGAUGUUGCUUUGAUCAAGGAUCUGAGGCAACAUGCUCAGCAUCUAGAAUCUAUCUUCCAUCCCAUCUUCGGCAUGUGA